CGGGAGCGGGCGGCAGUCGUGUCAUGGGGACCAGGGGCAGUGACUCGGGGCUAACAGUGUAAAAUUCCACCUCACAGCAUGGCCUCGGUCGCCGCUUGGCUUCCGUUCGCACGGGCGGCGGCCAUCGGCUGGGUACCCAUAGCCACCCACCCCCUUCCUCCGCCUCCCAUCCCCAAGGAUAAGAGGAAGGCAGACGAUGAAAAACUUCUCAUCAAUGUUUCAGGUCGCAGGUUCGAGACCUGGCGUAACACAUUAGAAAAAUACCCAGAUACCCUUCUCGGUUCUAAUGAGAGAGAAUUUUUCUAUGAUGAAGAGUGUAAAGAGUAUUUUUUUGAUCGAGAUCCGGACAUAUUCCGUCAUAUAUUGAAUUAUUACCGUACUGGAAAACUGCAUUACCCGAAACACGAGUGUCUUACAAGUUACGAUGAAGAACUCGCAUUUUUCGGGAUUCUACCAGAUGUCAUCGGCGACUGCUGUUAUGAAGAUUAUAGAGACCGGAAGCGAGAAAACGCAGAACGGUUGAUGGACGACAAACUGUCGGAGAAUGGAGACCAAAAUCUCCCCCAACUGACCAACAUACGACAAAAGAUGUGGAGGGCUUUCGAGAACCCCCACACCUCUACGGCGGCACUGGUAUUCUAUUAUGUCACCGGUUUUUUUAUUGCAGUUUCGGUGAUGGCUAACGUUGUAGAGACUGUCCCUUGCGGUCACAGGCCAGGUCGUGCCGGCACACUCCCUUGUGGUGAAAGAUACAAGAUAGUAUUUUUCUGCUUGGAUACAGCCUGUGUCAUGAUAUUCACAGCUGAAUACCUACUCCGUCUGUUUGCUGCUCCUGACAGAUGCAAGUUUGUGAGAAGUGUGAUGAGUAUAAUCGACGUCGUAGCCAUUCUGCCAUACUACAUAGGCCUUGGAAUCACUGACAACGACGAUGUCUCUGGUGCUUUUGUCACGCUACGAGUCUUCAGGGUCUUCAGGAUCUUCAAAUUCUCAAGGCACUCCCAAGGUCUCAGGAUUCUCGGUUAUACUCUCAAGUCGUGUGCCUCUGAGCUCGGCUUUUUGGUAUUUUCCCUAGCGAUGGCUAUAAUUAUUUUCGCGACCGUAAUGUUUUAUGCUGAGAAAAACGUAGAAAGCACCAACUUCACUUCUAUUCCAGCUGCCUUUUGGUACACAAUUGUCACCAUGACCACCUUGGGGUACGGUGACAUGGUUCCUGAAACAAUUGCCGGUAAGAUCGUGGGAGGCGUGUGUUCGCUGAGCGGAGUGCUGGUCAUCGCUCUUCCAGUUCCUGUCAUCGUCUCCAACUUCAGCAGGAUAUACCACCAGAACCAGAGGGCCGACAAGAGGAAAGCUCAGAGGAAAGCUCGAUUAGCAAGAAUUCGAAUUGCAAAGGCAUCAUCAGGUGCAGCAUUCGUAAGUAAAAAGAAGGCCGCAGAAGCUAGGCUUGCUGCCCAAGAAUCAGGACUAGAAAUUGAUGAUAAUUAUAAAGAAGAAGAUAUUUUCGAACUUCAGCAUCAUCAUUUACUUCGGUGCCUAGAGAAAACUACAGAUAGAGAAUUCGUUGAAUUGGAAGUACCCUACAACGGACAGCCUAAGAGGCCAGGUUCACCUUCCCCACUGAUAAGCCCUACACAUUCAGCUGGCAGCAGAACAGGGCUUCUUCAAUCUUGCUGUGGUCGCUGUUGCACUCAGAGAUACCAGAAACAUCGACGCUGUGAUACUCCUGAAUCAACAACACAUGGUGAAGAGCUCAAUGAUAUUCAAAUUCGACUGCAGUUCACACGAUCAACAGGUGAUGGAGCAAGUGAUUAUGCAUCACGAGGUCCACCCAGACAAAAAUCAAAUGCAUUAGGUGUCAGUUCAGCAUCACUUGUUUCCAUUAGUAAACCUAAUUCUACUACUUCUUCCAACAUGACAGCAUCUGUUGUUGUUAAUCUUCCAACUUCCUAUCCAAAUUCUGAUAUUGAAUAUGCCUCUCCACCAACACCAUCAUCUCCAGUGCAAUCUGACAAACAGGAAGUGAGGAUCUCAUUUUUAUAAUUUUCCUUAUCUUUAAAAGAAUAAAAAAAUAAAUAAAUAAGCAUGUCUGUUCCAGCAUACGAAUUAAGUACCUUUAAAAAUGCAUUUGUUAUUUAAGUAAUAAAAAAAUUCAGUUUAUUUCAUACUUACAUUAUUUACUUAUUCAUUACUUUGGUUAUUUCUUAAAGGUGUAAUAUAAAGAAUAAUGUAAUUCAUUAUUUAAAUUUUCAUAUGAUAUAUGAUGUAACAUACCAUUUUUUUUUUUUUUUUUUUUAAUAAAACAUAUGAAUUAAAAAUAUCUCAAUUCAGUUUUUGAAGAAUUUAUGGAAUAUACAGUAUUAUUUUUUUAUAAGGAUUCAAGAAAAUCUAUUUUUAUGAAUUUUUUUUUUUUUAAUAUUUUUUUUAUAUAUCUAAAUUGAAUAUUUGCCAGGUAAUAUAAUUUAAGGAAAAGGCAUAUUUGUAUUGUUACCAAUAAUCAUGAAUCCAAACAUUAACAUAAAGCAACUGUUCAUUAUCACACUUUUCUUCUCAAUUUGUUAAACUUUUAUUAAUGAUACUUUAUGUUCAAAAGUAUUUUUUGUCAUUUCACUAAAUAGAAAUAACAUUUUCAACAAUUAUUUAGAUUUUUUUAUUGUGAUUAUUCUUCCUUUUUUUUUUAGUAUAACAAAUACUAUUAAACUAAAAUUAAUUUAUAAUGCAUAUGUACAAAGUUAUUUUUUUCUUUUCUAUUAUCGUCUUUUUUGUACAUUAUUGAUAUUAACUUUUUAAUAUUUAGUAAAUAUGUUAAAAAUAAAAAAUAAUUUAAAAACUACAAUUGUGAUGUAAUUUAAAUUGAGUAAUUUAUUUAUUGUGCCUCUUGAUAAAAAAUUGUGUACCCUAGUGUUUGGGGCAUCAUUUUCAUUUUUUUUUUUUUUUUUUAUAAUGCCUUUGUAAAUAAAAUAUAGUGUUUAUCCAAUCACUUUCUGGACUUUCAAAUCCUUGGCAUAAAAUUCUAAUUAUGCAGUCGGUUAUGACACAAAAGAAAUAAAACACUGCUUAUAAGUAACAAUUUAUUAUUUUGCUAUAUGAUGCCCCAUGAUUUAGGGGUAUAAAAUCACAUAUAUUUCAUUCAUGCUUUAUAAACUAUUUAUAUCUUAGAGGCUAAAUAAAUUCUUAAAGCUAAGAGUAAUAUUUCAAGGUUAAAAUAAUGAAUCGUUUUAUAAUAGACUAUUUUAUUUUCAGAAUAUUGGUUAUAUUUGUAAAAUCCAUUUUUAUAUCCAAGAUGAAAACAUGUGAGCUGUAGUACGUUAUGAGUAAUAAAACUUCUGAUCUCUAUUAUCUCACAUCAUAUAGUUAUUUACACAUUCAACAAAAAUGAUACUCACUUUAGUAUGAAGUGCACUAGCAUAUAUAGAAUAAUUUUAUAUUUAUCCCUUUUUUAUUUACAUAUAUAAUUUUUUCAUGUUAAGUAAUUAUGUUAACAGUUUUAUAUCAGUGACUAAUUAAUAAGAUGUAAGUUACUAAGUCUUAAUCAUGUAUAUAUUAGUGUUUAAUUCUCUAGGGCUGCUAAAGUUUACAGCAAUAGCUAUUUAUCAUUUAUGGACCAAAAAACAGGUGUUCAGUCAGCCUAAGAGAAAAUUUAGUGGUAUUCAUUGCUGAAAUAAUAAGUUUAUAUUUCUUUUUGGUACUUGUUUAGAGAAAUUUAUUAUACAGAAACUUUAUUUAACUAAUGUAAUUUAUUAUAAUAUCAUUUUAAUUUUACUUUUUAUUCACUGUAGAGAUCAGUAGUUUGAGAGUGUGUACUUUGAACAGUAAGAAGUUUUGUUAAAUGUGUGAAAGUACAGACAUUGAAAUAAGUAUCAUCUUGUUCUUCCCUAGUAGACCCUCCAUAAUUUAAAUUACUGUUCUAGAUAAUGCAUAAUUUUUAUGAAGGUUUUUAAAUAAAUAUUAUUCUAGAAGACUGUUGUAUGUAUUUGUAUAUUAAGAUUUUAAAAACAAAAAAAAAAAUCCAGAUUAUCAUACCAAUACAAAAAAAGAAAAAAGAAAAAAAAACAGAAUUUAAUUAGUAAAUAUAAUCUUAACUCUUGGUACAAAAGCUACUCUUGUACUGUUUAGAGUUAUAAUGUAACUUGAGCAAUAAAAC